AACUGACUUCGUCUGCAAUGAGCAAAACAAAAUAUGAUCCAAAGCCAGCCAAAGAGUUGUUCUUUCUUCUAGGGUUCGAGUAAUGCUCGUUACGAAGAAGGAAAAGGAAAGCAAGUAAGUAUAGUACAUUAAAGUGAGGCCAUUAGAGAUCAUCGAAGAUGGUGAGCCCAAAAUCGCAAAGCCCCGAGAGCGUUCCUUGCGAUUUCUGUACGCAACAAACAGCUGUUCUGUAUUGCAGAGCUGACUCUGCCAAGCUCUGUUUGUUCUGCGAUCAACACGUUCACUCCGCUAACUUGCUCUCUCGCAAGCACUUGCGCUCUCAGAUCUGCGAUAAUUGCUCCUCCGAGCCUGUCUCCGUCCGGUGUAACACCGACAACCUUGUUCUCUGCCAAGACUGCGAUUGGGACGCUCAUGCCUCAUGCUCCGUCGCCGCUUCUCACCAUCGUACGCCUGUUGAGGGUUUCACGGGGUGUCCUUCUUCAUCUGAACUCGCUUCGCUUUGGGGAUUUCAAUUUGAGAAUAAGACUUUAGAACAAUCUCCUUCUUCUUGA